AUGUCCUCGCUGCUGAAGGAGGAGCUGGCCAAGCGGCUCUUCGGGCCGCUGCGGCGGCGGCUGCACGAGUUCAUCGAGGUGGAGGGCGCGGGCGCGGAGCGCCGCUACCUGUGCGCCGCAGUGACCAAAGGUGAAGAAGUAGAAAUAUGUAUGGUUAAACACUUCAGAGUAGAUCAAGAGGAGCAAUUUGAAAUAGUUGAAAAGUGGUUUUUAAAAGACCUGGAAAUGAUUGAUGGAAAAGAAGCAGAUACUGAUAACCCGUAUUUUGAUAUGCACUUCCACAAAGUCUACAGCAUGGAAGCAUAUAGUUGCGCAUCUAAGUACACCUUUGCUCGAACGGUAAACAAACUAAAUGAAAUGUAUCUUAAAAAGGACUUGAAGAUUGUGAACUUUGAUAGCACAUACCUAAAUGAUGACUCAAUCUGGUCAUCAAACAACAGAGAUUGCUUAGUACUUAUGAGGAUAUGCUUUUAUGCUUCCAAUCUUUUAUGCCUCUCCCUAUGUCCCCUGUCCUGAAGAUGGAUUUUAUAAUAUUAGACUGACUGGUUGAUUAUUGCUGACUAGAAUUUCAUGAAUCAUAUAAGAGAUAGUAAGAGGUAUGCAGUAUCUCUUAGUUAAUUUUACACGUAAGUCCAAAAAGGAACAUGCUUUUUAUAUAAAAAUUGAUUAUUCAUUUGUGUAUAUUGAGCCUCACUGACAAAUACCUAAAAAUGYAGAAUACUUUCAACGUAGUACCAAUAAUUCACAUUUGAUGGUGAUCGCUCCUGUAGGAGCAAGUGUUGAACUGUACUUAUGUUUGUAGAGGCAUAAAUUAUUCUUCAUUAAUAGCCAGAAAUAUUUUAAAAUAGUAUUUUAAGAGCAUUAACAGUUUAACUUAUGUCCUAGACAUARGAAAACUCAAGCAAACAAAUGCAAUUGAUACAGAAGUGAUGCAUGUUUCCAUUUUCAAACUCACAGAACUACAAAACUCCCUUAAAGAGAUCAUACCUACCUGCCAUACAGGGACCAAGUCCUGGUCCUGUUGAAUCGGAGUUUUGCCUUCAGGUUCCAUAGGACCAACUUCACUUACACAUCUACAACCACUUUUCCUUACAAUGUUCAGUAGUUGCUUUAGCCUAUCCAUUAUCCAUGAUGCCAUCUUAGAAGCAUUAAAUGAAUGUUUUUAAGCAAAUUGCUUCCUUUGCAGACCUCUUGACAUUGUUUUUCUUUCAUAUCAUUAGUGUCUUUGUUGCAAUUGAUUGCAACAAAGCAAAUACCUAUUAGGAAAUAGAUGUUUUUAUGUCUCUUCUCUACCUCGCGACCAAGAACCAACAAAACACUUACGGAGAUUCUAUAUAAGCUGUAGGUGGUGAAUGCAAGUUAUAAUUACUAUGUAAGUAAGUGAUAGACUUCUUAAAGUUAAUAGAAAUAAAAUUCUGAGUGUAAUUUCCACCUGAUGCUAGCUGGCAUAUUUAGUGCACUACUUAAAUCUAUCUCAGUACUUAAAGUUAGAUUUAACAUGCUGUGAAUUCUGCUGAGUUGUUUGGAAAAUCUCACCCAUAGCAAAAACACAAAAACUAGGCUUGAGACAGUAUUAUAUUAUGGUAGAAAUGCAGGACAAAAUUAUAGUUGCAUUGACCA